GCGGAUUGUUCAGACUUGGUUGGUCACAUAACGAUCAAUCAAGCUGUCACAUGUCAUUACGGUAAAGACAAUAAAAAAAAGCGCCUCGCCGCCCUUUCUACCAAUAGCUUAGUUGUUGAGGUGUCAAAUCGAUGAACCAAACGCCUGCUCUGAAUCGAAGCGACUAUCCAGACAUCUCGGCCAAACUUUCCACAGAAGUCCGAUUCGCGCGCGAAAUAUACGUCGCGCUUGAUGAGAAAGAACGUCGCUUGUCGGGGGAAAAUUAUGCCCGUGUUCCAACUGGUCAAACAGGUGGAAUGAAGGGAACCCUGUUAACCAUCGUAGAUAGCAAACUACAAAAAGCAGAAGUCAAUCGGUUACCAGUCAAUCGUAUCACAGAAACAAUCACACAAACAGAAAUAUUGUGACCAAUUUUGCAACUGUAGUCUACUGACCCAGCCUUGCCAGGCUACAAGCGCGUGGGAGAUUAAAUAUCUCGAAUACGUUUGACACAGGCCUCAGCAAAGACUCGGACGAGUCACAUCUUUGUGUAUUACACUCGUGGACGAGUGUCACCGCGCGUAGUCCAAUGACUAUGGAGGAUAGUUAUUGCCGGAAGCCCCCAAAAAUAAUUGGUUAGUUCCUCAUAUCCGCAACGAAGGACUUAGUGAUAGUAUGAAUUCAAUUUGGCAACGUUUGUUUGUGAUCUGUUUGCAGGGAAGGCAAGCUGCGGGCAAAAUGGAAGUCAAAAUAGGAGAAUGAGUGUGUGUACAGGCUGCCAGGAACCGAUCGAGGACCGAUUUGUGAUGAAAGUGAUGGACGAACCAUGGCAUGAAAGCUGUUUACAAUGCUGUAUAUGUAGGAAUACUCUAUCACGGUCAUGCUUCAGUAAAGACAGGAAACUGUACUGUCGGACAGACUAUGAAAAGUAAGUCACUGUGAUGUCCGCCGCUAGCUUAGUAAAACGUUGAUAAACUAAUGCGUUACUUGAAGACAUUUUCAUCUCCCCGUUCUCAUUAAAUAUUUUGUAAUUAAUAGUUUUUCUCUAAGUAUCGUCUACAACACGAUGUACAAGAUCUGUUGUCGAUUCCAGGGUGCUUUUAAUUUUUGAAAUCAACAAGGUUUUCAUCGUCUGUCUUCGACCCAAACUCUUUGGUCACGAUCGAGCGCUCUGAGGGUCUCAUGUCCGGUACUGUGAUAUACGGUAACAGAUUGCUUUCUCAGUAUUUUUUUUUCUAAACGUCCCAAUUUAAUUCAGCUAGGUAUCAAAUGAGUCAAAAUGUUCACAAUAAGCUGUUGCGCUCGCAAUUUUACCAGUAUGAACGACGAUCAUCCCGAAAUUAUAUUUACAUCAUGGAUCUAAACAUAUACAUGUUAGCUAUGCAUGAGGAUACAUUCGGUAUCCUUUGAACAUCCAAAGCGCAAGGCCGCCUGCCGAUUUUAGAAAAUAUGAAUAAUUAUUGCGUUUUUCUGACUUAUUUCACCUUUUAAUAUAAUUAACGUGUUGAAAAGCACAGAAAUCUAGUUGGGUGUACUUAGGUCCUAAUUUACGCGCUCUUAUAUAACUGAACGAACUCACUACAACCGAUGUUCAACGUUCAGGAAGCUCUUUGAAUGUGUUAAUCAAACUUGCAUCUCGACUUGAUAGAUUUUUUCCGUUAUUCUUGUGAUACGCAUUCGACUAAUUGUUCCUUCCUCUUUAUCUCGAAUUGUGCAAAAUCGUAAUGGUUUUCUGUGGAUGAAUUUUUUGGUCUUGUUUCCUGCGCAGGCUAGUUUGUAUUCCAAUUUUGAACAACAUAUCCUUUCAUGGCUUUUUUUUUUUACAAUCCACGUAAUUAUCAAAGUUACAUGUGAACGGAUGUGGGAGCUUUAAACGUUAACAAAACAAGUGAAGAAGGGCACCUAAAAUAGGAAAAAAAUCUAUGUAUCACUUAGCGCUAAGUUUUACUGAGAAUUUUUAUGUUACCCGUACCUAGUUAGUUCCGGUAAGAAAAUGUGGAAAUAAUUUUACCAAAAAAUUGCCUAGCCAAAAUGUUUCGCAGUUAAGUGCUCAAUUAAGGCUCAUUUUAUAAGAUAGUAAAGAUAAGUCAAAUUGCAAGGAGGCCUUUCAAAUUGGGCCGCGUUUAGUCACUUAGAACGAGAUCUGAAUGCAACAUUUAAAUUAUCUCUCACAAUAUAUUACUUUGCUAAUAAUAGCAAAAGCCUGGAAAAUGAUUACUUGUUUUUUUUAUUAUUAUUUUUUUCAUUUGAAAAGACUACGCAUGCCUUAUCUGCAUAAAGACAGUUUUUCGCUGAGUGAAAGGUUUUUCGUCCACUUGAUCGUAAAACUUGUUCCAAGAAUCAGUUAGCAGCAAAGUUUUUAUUUUUAUAAUUGAAUGUUUGCCCAAGAACGGAUCUAUUACCAUUGUCAAUCACACACACCAUUAAGUGUGCGGCUCGAAGGUUUUCGAUCCAGGCCGUUGUUCGUUUUCUCAUCUAUCUUCUGAAGGCUAUUUCCGCCUCCUUACCGGCCCAAAAGACCUUUUUUUUUCGAAUGCGUGUUUCAAAAUUAACUCGUGUUGCCGUGGUUAUAUUAAAGUUAAAACGGAGCCGACUCAUGGAAUAUUUGUUUAGAAUGUGCUGGCUUGUCCACUGAUUUACCUACGCCAAAAACUAAAAGCGUUUGAUUUUUAAUUUUAUUUGAACACAGCCAUACAUUCUAUUUUCAACUUGGAAGAUUUGAUUAACCUACACAUGAAUUUCCGCGUGUGGAACAUAAAUCCAACUGGUUAUCAAGCACUUGUCUCGUUUGACUUGGGAGUAUUCAACAUCAAAAGCGGUCAUAAAUUAUGAGCAAAUGAAAACAUAACCGGUUGUAUUGAAGUUAUCAUGCCUUGCCAACCUUUCUUCACUUUUUGUCGUUGAAGUAGGUGAUGAACCUUCCGGAAAUAUGGAAGCGAAAAAACAACAGUGUAAUUAAAGGCAACAAGCUAGCGUAAACAUGAGCGCAUGUGUUCACUUGCUUGAUCGUAAAAACAGGACGGGUUUGAGAAGUAUCAUGAAAUAAAGGUCGGCGAUUCCUUUGAAGCGCAGUUGAAAAUCUUAAUGAUACGGUUUUCAAGAUUGUCUAUAAAAGUUCUGCUGUUUGUAAGGCUCAAUCGACUCAACGAGAUUACACCCACGAAUGAACCAGCCUGUAUUGCACCCUCCUUUUAAACCGGUCGAAAAGAGCUUGAAAUUCAGCUUUACGGACACAACAAAAGCUGAUCAAAGCAAACUUGAAUUAUUCAUUAGGCUCCACACAGCCUUUGCAAAUACACCCACUGGCUUAUAAAUGGGAUUCUUUGGUCAUUUUUAUCUGAAAUUAAAUGAAUUUCUUUAUUUUAUUUACUGUAAAUGUUUCGCCUCGAGCAAGUACAUAACAAAAAAAAAGUAUUUUCUUUCCUCUGUCUGAUUUUGUACUAAGGUUUGUGCAAGCAUUAAAGAACCAUUCGAAACUGCCACUCAAGAAAAAUUUGUUCAGUUUUAGAAUCAAUGAAAACAACUUCAGGUUAUUUUGAGCCAAGCUUAAAAGUUCUCUGUAAAAAACAAACCGCUAAUCGACUUAAGCGAGAAAUCUGUUCGAUUUAGUCAGCUUAAAGUGCUUGAAUUUGACAGUUGUCGGUCGUUGUCGCAUCUCUUUGUCGCAAGUUUUUAUUUCUAUAAAUAUGGUGUAUGUUGUUUGAUCUUCAAAAGAGAAGUCUCGACCAUGCUUUAUAGUAUAUAGCUUACAAAAAGCAGUCGUCGCCUCUUCUUUCUUAUGUCAAAUAACGACAUAUUUUUCUGUUACUCGAGUAGCACUAUUAAUAGCCGUGAAUCACUUCACGGUUUCGUGUUCAGUUUCUUGGUAGGUUAGAGAAAGAGAAAUAGUAUUCUAAGUUCGGUCAACAAUAAGACAAGAACACUUUAUUUUUAAUUGUUGUAACACACUCCUGAUCGUGUCGCUGCAAUAAACUCGAUCCAAAUUGGAUGACUGAACAUGUUUCUUUCGUAGUUCAAAAAUACAACGAGAAUAAUCCAUCUGUUCAGUCAACUAGAUUUCAAGAGGAAACUUUUAGCAGACAAAGAGAUUGUUGGUCUGAAACAUCAUUCGGAGAUAAUCGUUUCUCAGCGGGUAAAUGCAUCGAUGCCUAACAAACACAACAAAUUCAUGUCGAGUAAGGUUUUAAUAUUUCCUGUUUAAAUCCACUAGACUAAUCUUCCUAUUAAACUGUUAGCUGAGUUUUCUUGUACAUAUAUUUUACGACUGAAGACCAACUUGUUUUUAUGAAAUGCGCCUAAACUGUAUCUUUAAAAGCAAGAUAUCUUUGAAACAUUUCAUUCUUCUUAGAAGUUUAUCUUUAAAAGAACAUCCGGCUACAGAUACAGAGCUACGAACAUGAUGUGACAAGGAAAUUUAAGACUAGAAGACUUUUGCAGGUUAUCGCAAAGAGAUGCAAGUCUAAAUUCCCUGAUUUGGCGGCUUUCAGGCGCAACGACCUUGUGAUAGGAGAAGGUUAUCUCUUGAUAUAGUUUCGCUAAAGAUAGGUAUUAGUUUUGUAAUACAAGUAAGAAUACACUAAAGAUAGCGUUCAGAUGAAGACUUAACGAAGAUUAAGUAGUUGUGGAAUUCAUUCAGUGUGAGAAGCGGAACGUUUUCGGGUUGCUUUGUGCAAGAUUGCAUUUUGAGGAGGCGGGAUUUGAUCUUCGAGAACCUGCAAUCUCAGAGCGAUUUGGAUGAAAUUCUAUGAAGUCUUUGUAAAACUGCAGUUGGAGUUGUCCUUAAAGGACAAUUGAGGCGCUAGGAUGCUUAUGUUUAAAUGUUCGGAUCUGGAGAUAAAACACACCUUGCCCUGGAACCAGAAAGUCGAAGUUAAACGCACUUGGCCCUCUCAGACUCGUUUGAUAUCCAACGAAAUUGGAGCUAGGUUUGUUUUGUCUUGAACGGGGUGUUUUGUCUUAAACGCUGAUACGAUUUUAAUUGGAAUGUAUAGAGGAUUGAUAACAUGUUAGAGUACAUCGACAACCCGCCAAAAUAUUUCUAUGUUUUUGAAAUUGAAUCUUUCCUUAGUGUAAACAUCUGAAAGUCCUUGAAUAGCUUGUUCUGAAAACAAUCCUUAUCUACGAAAUUGUAUGGGGUUAAAUGAGAGCGAUUUUCACCACCAAGGUUGCCUCUAAAAAAACAGCUUAGAUAUCAACAUAUGGGAACAAUAACUGCCACGACAAAAACAAGAAUUUGACCUUGUGUAUUAUUGCUCUGAUAGCAACCUUUAAUGCGAGUCUCUGCUUUUCAGUCCGUCUUUUCAAAGCCUGUUUUCAUUUCGAAAAUGUUGCGGUGUUGUGUGUUUUUUACAGUUGUUAUAUUGCUAAUUCGGUAUUCCACCAAUAACAGCUCCGAUGUGUGUUUCAAGCAUCGAGGUAUCCUUGCACAUUUAAGUGAGUUAUCUUUAUCAACAGCUUUCAUGUGUUUAGUUUAUGAAUAGAAAAGAGAGUCCUGCUCAGUUAGAACAAUGUCUGACAAGAAGAUUUAAUAUGCCUGAAAAAUUCAAUAUCCAGUUUCAACUCUAGCUCCUAAAAUGUACCAGCUCUCACUUUCUAAAGCACAGUGAUCUCUUUCAAUGGAUACGUAUCACGAGCUUGUAUAUUUUACCAGCAUAAGGUUUUUUAAUUAGUUUGGAGGUGGUAUCUUUCCGCGAAUAAUUGCACAACCUGUUACAGUCAAUGUCAGACAUUUCAACAGUGCAAGGCUACCUAAAUUGCAUAACAUAAACCCCUCAGGUUGCCUAUUGCUUACUGAGAAUAAGUAGAUAUGAUUACUUUCUAUGCCGCCGACUUUAGCGCUGGAUUGUGCAGUUGACCUGUCGCUUAUUUUGACUAAGACUAUGCAAUAUACCUUUCAAAAGCGUUAUGAGUUUUGACUGCACUACAACAAAAAACUGUCUUGUUAACUUUGCACUGAAUUCCAUCUUAACCAAUUUAUCUUCCAACAAGCUUUCGGGUUAAACUGACGUUGUAUGUACUACAGACUUUUACUGAAUUGGUCUUAUACGAAAGAGGGAACCAAAUCGUUUUUAGAGCAAGCACUUUUUUAAGAAAAGCGAGCGUUCAUCUGCAAUGGGCAUAAACAACUUUCGAUAUUAUUCAAUUAAGGACUUGACACGCUUCAAGAUUGUUUUUUUUUUCCAUUUUCCAGGUCUUUUUUUAUGUUCUUACCCUUCCAAAAUUGGCCAUUUAGCAACACCUCAUUGAACCGAGUAAUUAAAUGCGGUCUAACUUAACAUGACAAUGGGUCUCUAACAUAAUUUUCUCAAAUUUAUCUGGAGUGCUGUAUUUUUGUAUUGAAUUAAAAGAAGAGAAACAGGCUGAUUUUUUUUAAAGAAAGUUCUUUUGUUUUUAUUCAUGAACCAAAACACAACGUUUAAUUUUGAAAUCGAACACUUGCAAUUAAUUUAGUUAGCAAAGUUUUAAUUUUUAUCUUUUAACAAAUUUUUAUCGGUUUGCUCAGAAGGCUUUUUCAAAUUUACCUUUGGAGGUUUGGCGAGCAUAUUUAACAGGAAACAAGGUUCAUAUGAUAAUAUCAGCAUCGAUAAACUGACGGUGGAAAAACAUUAAUUUAUAAAGGUUUAUUCACAAGUCAAUACGUUGACUUAAAACAAAAGGCCGGAAAAGUGAUAUGCGUUUCAUGUUUACUAAGGUAUUUGGUACUUGCUAUUUUCCAUGCGGUUGCGUGUUAAGACAGUGGAAUAAAACUAAAAAAUGUUUGUUUUGGACGCAGUAAGCAAAUACCAUAAGAGCGUUAGAUUCGCAGAUAAACUCAUAACUAACACAACUAAGUUAGCAUUGUGAAUUUUCUCUCUCGAAUAACACCUCUUGUUUGUUAUAAACAGCAGGUUGGUAAACAGAAGGGAAAUGAGAUAUUCAAACGCAAAUAGGAGAAGAUGGUACCCGAUAUGAUAGCUUAAGAGCUUGUUUAACCAGCUGAAAGUCGCAUAAAUAUUGCUCAUUAUACAAGUUCAGCAAAACGUGGCUUUUAACAGUUUUUUUGUUUCUUCGCGUAACUGAAAUGUUCAGUGUAGCCGUUCUGUUUGCACUCAACGGAUCGCUAAUUCAACAAAAUCUCCAGGGCAUCUUCUUAUGAAAACUUAAGAACGUUAUAGUGAAUGAGACAUUUUAUCUCCCUAGAAAUUAUUGAAAAUCCUCUCAGGAAAAGUGCCUGCUCAAGAUCUUAUUUGAAAAUUUCUUUUCAAACGUUGCGCUAUAUUUUUUUAAUGAAUGAAAUAGUAAAGCUUUAACUGAACAAUACUGUUACAAACAAAACAAGAAAAAAACUUGGUAUAAUUAUUUUACGUGGGAAUCUUGCUAUAAAUUAAGUAAAAUCGUAACAAAAAUUAUUGUAGAUAAUUCACUACUCCAUGGAGAUGAGCUCUAACGUCAGACUCCAAGUGCUGGGCGACAACUGACAACAAGGUUGUAAAUAAUUGUUAUUAUUCCAAAUUUUCUAGUUGUUAUCACCUCACUGUUAUGACUAAUUACAAGACCAGCCAAUUAUAGGAUUUCGUUACCUCAUUGGCUCUUUGAAACAGGGUGUGUUUUGUAAGUAGAAUAGGAAAGAUGGUAAGUUUUGACAUGGGUGUGUUUUGUUUAAGACAUUGACUGCGCUUGCACUCUUUGUGCUAUUUGACAGCCUGAUUCCAUCGACCCCAUUUCCCAACGUCCAUUUUUGUGUUACAGAUUUACAAGUAAAUUAAAACACCCUAGAUAACAGCAGACGAUCAAAAAGCAAUAAUAAUGAUAAUGAUAAAACCUUAAGGUUUCUUGAACUGUCGAAAGAAACCAAAGGAAAGUUUGAUGUCCUGCAGUAUUUCAUCAAAACGAGCAAAAAAAGAAGAACAUUGGAGAAGUUAUGAAGGCGAAAUGACAGUUUUUUUGUAAGAAAACAAUCAAAUUUUGGACCAUAUGUUGGUGUAUCGUUGGAAAUAUAAAGUUUUAAGCCUUUUAGUUAUUUAGCUUAUGCUUCGUAUUAGAUUUCUAAAGAGACGAGAAAAAAACUUUUUCAUGAGCGAAUCUCUCACUGAAAACAUAUUUAAAAUAUGGUUAAUUUUUUUGGAUUGCUUACUUCUGUUAUUAGAGAUUUUCAAAGUGUUAUAAGGCAAAAUUGCAAAGCAUGUCCACCAUAUGUUGAACUGUGCAGACGGUUGGAUACAUGAUUGACAAAGUACGAUUGAAAGCCGUUUGAAAAGUGGUGUUAAGAGAAAACGGAUAUGAAGUGAUGGUUGUAUAACAGUAAAUUGGUAAAUUUAAGUAAAACCAAGGAAAAUCGACUCUCUUCUCAAUUGGAGACCAACAUGUCAUAAUUUUCUCAAUUUCUUCUCCAGGAUGUACGGUACAAAAUGUAGUGGCUGCAAGACGACCAUCCCAGCAAACGAGUUUGUGAUGCGAGCAUUAGGAAAUGUGUAUCACAUACAAUGUUUUGUGUGCACCAUGUGUGGUCAUCGUCUUGAAAAGGGGCAGGAAUUUGCGUUAAAAGAUAACAAAUUAUACUGCAAGGAUGACUAUGGAAAACUUCCAACAAAAGGGUCAUCAAAUAGUCCGCCACAUAAGCCGCAACAAGAGAGUAAGUAAACUGGAUGUUUAUUCCACUUUUUUUUAUUUAAAUCCUUAAGUUUUUGAUGUUGCUUAGUAACUUACUGAGUACCUUACUGAGUACCUUACGAAUGUAGAUGGCUGUGACACUCUUGGCUGUUCUCGAUUGCGAUUCAUUUAUUUGCAACCCAUCUCAACUGCAUCUUAUCAAGAUGAACAUAAGCAUGUGCACACAAUACUAACCCAUAAUUUGUUUGUCUAUUCUGCUCCGCAGAUGUAAUUAAUAACAGUUUCAAGAAUGAUAAAGAGACAAAAUUGGAGAAAGCGGACAAUUCAGACUCUGACGAUUCAUCAGUAAUUGGUGAUGAUGAAAAUGACGAUAAAAAGGACCAAAAAGACCACGAACAAUACUCACAAGUCAACAAAGAAAAAUAUUCAAAUCCGCCUUUGAAAUUAGCUCCAAACCUUGUAGAAAGGUAGGAAGCCUAACACUAUAAAGCUCAUUUACGUAGUUAGGAACCAGUCAUAAUUUAUUGCCUAAGGAGGGGGUUGGAGAAUUUAUUUUGGUGGGUCAAAUGGUUUUCAGAGGGAACGGAGGGAGUAGCAGCCGUCACUCACAAAUUAUAAAGGCCGGACUAAGAAUAGUUGACUGCUAGUAAGGGGAGGAUCGUUGGACAGGUAAAGUUAAUGUGAUUAAACCAAAAUCCUCCAGACCGCCCCAUCCCACCCUCCAGGCGAUAAACAAUGACCAGGUUCGGAUGAUAGCGUUCCACGGCAUGACUUCAAAUUUCAGCUUUUGACCGUCCUACAAAAGGAGCGGGGGAAAUCGGACUUACGGAUUAGAAUGAUCUAGUUUAUGUCCCUUCCUUUUCCUCUCAGACAUUGUCAUUGCAGGCACCAAUUGUUUUUUGUUUGUCUUCCGUCAAAAAGGUCAGAGAAGAGCUUUCAAGAGAAACAGGGCUCAGCGUUCGUGUUGUGCAAGUCUGGUUUCAAAAUCAGAGAGCCAAGGUAACUGUACAUGUAACAAGAACAAUGUUUUGUGCUUUUUUUCGGUCUGAAGUUUUUCUAUCCUGAACUUUAUUACUGCUUAGCUGAGUACUGGGAAACCUCACAUCCCAUCUAUGAAUUUGGUUUAGGAACACGGUGAUUAACUAACCAUGCGCUUUCCAUCUCUUGUUUCCUCUGUCGGCUAUCUUGAAACCGUUCGGCGUAAGAAGUCUGGAGCGAGUUGCGUAGGGGGAUUUUCGAAAACCAUUUGGCUAAGCUCGCCAAGUGAUUUUUUCCAUAGUUCGGGACCUUCGUGCUCUCCUAUCCUCGUUUCUCCACGUUUGACCGUUCAUCAGUUACCCAUCCAUAUUGAAAUUAUACAAAGAUACAUCUUCCACAGCUCCCUGAGGCUGAGGCAAUUUAUGACACUCUCUCAGGAAAACCUUCUUCUCUCGAUACCCUUUGCGAUAUGACACAAGGGUCUGAGGGCAGUAGAAAAAACUAGAUAGCUCUUUAUAUGUUUGUCAGCUGGAAAAUAUGAAAUGAGGGUCUAGUGUCCUUAGCAUCCACUCUUUCUGUGUAUCAACUUGUCAGUUAGUUAUUUGGCGGGUGACAGAAGCGUUUAUUUCCUAUCCAGAUGAUAACAAUUUCUUAAGAUCUGUGUUCGUUUCUCAAAAUUCUCCUAUAGGUAAUUUGUUUCGUAACCAUAUCCUGGGAAGAGGGAUUUAUUAUUUCUUUUUCUUACAAACAGAUUAAGAAACUUGCAAGAAGGAACAAUCCGAGUCUGAUGGCGCAGCAAGUUGUAGAGUCAGUAAUAGACAAAGGAGUCUUAAAAAAAGUAAAGACAGGAAAUGUAAGUGUCUUCAGACCCACGAUCAAAAUUCAAACUGAUAAAUGUUUAUUAGAUCUCUUUCAAAUGAAGAUAAUCAAAAUAAAUUGAAUUUGAUCUGUGUUUGAAAGGAAUUUCAGGAUAUUUUGAAAGUUGUUUUUUCCCUUUCUCCUCACUUGGAAACUGUUCCUGUUAUUUAAAGAGUUUCAUUGGUGCCAUUGAGUUUCUCAAAUGAUUAUAAACUGUUUAUAAACUAUUGGUUUACUCAAAACUGAAAAUAGCUUUCAACUUGUGAUACAAUUUGACCUCGACGUCUCAAAAAUACCAUACCUUCCCCAACAUGAGGUUAACCUACAGCUGCUCUAAUCUUACAAAAACUGUGUUAGAGAUCAACAUAGUCAUUUAAGUAUUUCACAUCUGCCAUUGACUUACUAUUGAAGUUUUCACGCUCCACUCUUGGAAGGCUCCCAAAAGAUUUGGCGCCUACUAACUCAAUGUUCCCUUGUCUGUUGUUUAGCGUCAAGUCCAAGAGAUAAAAGACGAGCCGAUAGAGACAGUUUAGAUCUUCCUCCAUCACUCUCCCCUCCCCCACAACUCCAAGGAUCUCAACCCCCUCCCUAUGGAAUGCUUCCGCCUCAAUAUCAACAUUUGCAAAAUCAUAUGGGACCAAUGAUGGCACCACCGCAGUUCCAACCUCCUUACCAAGGACCGCUUAACCAUAUGGACUCCGGGGAGAUUCCUAUGGAUCAUGGAAUGCAAGCUAUCGAUGAAUGUAUGAUGCGGCCGCAACAGUUUAACCCCGGGGAUAUGGGUGGAUAUCCCACCACUACAAAUCACAAUGGUCAGAAUCACUUAGAACUUAUGCAUGACAUGAUUAAUUCAUUCUAAUUUAUCACAAUUUUGAAGCAUAUUGUAUCGCAUUAUUGGCAAUGCCUCCUUGUUAGUAACUACAUAGAACACUUUCAAUAUUGCUGGUAGUUUAGAAUGUACUAUUCGUUAGGGCUGAGGUUUAUUUGUAUUUAUUUAUCGUUGUUGCUAAAUAUCGUGACACUUCUUGAAAACAAUUUCGAACAAAUAGGUUUGCUUUUCUGAAAAAAAUUACAUUUUUUCUUAACUUUUUUCCACUGAAAAAUUUUCAUUUUACACCCGUAAUUGUACAUGUCGAGUCAUGAUCAAGAAAACGAUCAAAUAGUUAUUUCUAUUUUGCAAAAAAAUUUAAGGAAAGUUCACGAGUUAUUUUUCAGUAAGAUAAAAACAUAAGCUGUAGGCUUAAAAAGUCGUCACACCUUAUAUCGCUGGUUACCACUCACUCUCUUGCAACCUCUUGCUUAUCUGAAGAAUUAAAUAGGUCUCUUUUAAAAAAUUCAAAGGAGUAAGUCAUAGUAUUAUAAUUACUUCUGAAUACUUUCCGUAACUAUGAAAUACUAAACGAACAAGUCAUAAAUCUUUUUUUAACCGAAAAUCAUGGCCUAAGUAUGAACAGUUCUUUUGCUUGUGAUUUGUGGAGACUGCCAACACUUUCCUACCCGCAAAAAUCACCUUUACAUGCAGAUGUCGCGUUAUACUUGAGGAAAAUUAAAAAAAAAAUAUUUGCCUAUUAAAUGUAAUUGUGUUUGAAAGCCUUUUUGUUUUACAAAAUACUGAAACCUUUUUGAUAACUUAUUUGCAAACAAACAUACUGUUCAUCGCUAAUUUUUGGCCGAGUAACUGACGGAAGAAGAAACUUGACUAGGAUUACUGAAAUUCAGGUCUUGCACGUUGCAUUAAUAUUGUCAAGAUGAAAAUGACUGUUUCUUUUCUUACUGAGACAGUCUCACAAUCCUCUCUGAAAAAUAACAAACUGCGUUGAGACAUGUUACGGGAUCAUAACUAUUAUUUAAGAAAGAUUCAAAUUAUUCAUACUCUGAUGAAGCUUUUUUUUCCACAUAGUCUAAAUAUCCUUUCAGAAUUAGCCUCGUUUGCGCUCUACUGAUUCAAAAUUUCUCAUUUUCUUUGCCCAUAUGAAACAGAGGUCUGCUCAAGAACACUAGCCUAAUAUCCGAAAUUGUUUUGUUACAGAUUCAGACGAUGCUGCUUCACAUUGGUUCAACGCAUAUUUAUAGCAGUUGCAGACUUUUGCGUCAGUUUGAAUAAUACUUAAAUCUUCCAUCCUUAAACUCGCCAAUUCUCAGUUAGAUAAUGCCAUGUAUUUCCUGAAAAAGCAGUUGAGAUUUAAAUAAUUAACCGGAUAAAUAUUGGUGGUUUCUACUUACUGGUCUACUUACUUUUUGACAAAGUAUAAAAAUUUAUGAAGAAGAGUCUGAUUUUGCUCUCUUUUGAGAAUAAAAAGGGUGAAAGCACUGAUUAGUUUUCCACGAGUAGUAAAGUGGUAUGAAGAGUAGUUAGAAAUCUUUUGUCUUUAUCUAAGAAAGGUUACUAAGAGUGUUAUAGUCAAAAAAAUAAAAACUUAGCUCUCAAGAUUGAAAAUGAAUUUCGACUUAAAUCUGUAGUACAUUACCUUAGAAAUCCCUGAGAUUUUAAGUUCCUGCCAUGGAAUUACCUCUAGGCUUAUUAGUAUGACAUUUCUCCUCACUUGUAUGGUAAACACUGGUCUAUAAUAAUGAGGAGGAUUCGAUUCUUUAUCAAUCUUGGGAGUUAAAGGUUUAUCAUAGGAAGCCUAGAAUCACUAAAGUAUUAAUCGGAUUAUUUAUUAACAUCACUUCCUCAAAGGCUUCUUAUUACUAGGAGCGGGGUGGUGUGGCGAGGAGGGGAAAGCGAAGGAUAUCCCAAGUCUUAUGCGAGACGCGAGUUUGUGUUAAAUUAAAGAGAGUUGGUGUUGUAUUCAGGAUGUCUUUCAUUCUCAUAAUUUAAACAGUAUUGACUUGUUGUUGUAUGAUAAAGAGAUAUAGUAUGAUGUAAAUAAUAUCCAAAAAGGCAAAAAGUGAGCCUUAAUUUCUUGUGCUCAGUAACGUGUACAGAACAUUAAGAUUAAGAAAAUAAAACAGAUCUAAAG